AUGGCUUUUGUUAAUGCUAUAACAUAUGAGAAUGGGUUACAGAAGCGUCAGAAAGCGGUCAAAGAAAAUAAUGACACGAAAGCUGAAUCGGAUAGAAAGAUUGUGCAAAAACCUAAAGGGAAAAAAAUAUUUCCUAAAGCCGUAGGCGAAGAUAAUAAUAGUGGUAAAAAUAACAAUGAUAAAGAAAAUACAAAAGGAACUCAGAAAGAGAACACAAAGGCCAAUCCAAAAGAUAAUCCAAAGGAUACCCCAAAAGAAAAUCAAAAGGACAAUCAAAAGGACAAUCAAAAGAAUAACCCAAAGGAAAACCCAAAGCAAGGUAAUAAAGAUGACAAUCAAAAAACCCAAAAUGAGAAUACCGGUAAUAAGGAUCCUAAUCAGGCAAAAAAGCCAAAUGGAACCCCUUUGCCGCUCUUUCCUGAUGGAUCACCUAAUUCAAAUGUGCCAGCAAAUAAUAACACAGCUUUACCAAGUUCUAACUCAGGUAGCAAUAAUACUAGUGCUGGUGGAGGUGAGAUUUUCGGAUUUGUUGUGGGAGCUUUGAUUGCCGUAGGUCUGAUUGGAAUGUUUGUUAGGAAGAAAGUGGUUGGAGGUCGUACAAAGUCAAGGGAAAUCGACGAUACCGAACGGAAGGGUAGUGAAGGUGCUGAUGGGUCAUAUGUGCAAAAGCCACAUCAUACUCCUUCUGAUAAUUUUGAUGACCAAGAAAAACAGCGUUUCGACACUUUAAAAUUAAUGAUAGAUCAGAAUCCACCCCUUUCACCUCAACUUUCUAAACUGCCUCAUGUUGAUAGUAAUUUAAAUUCACGUCGCCCGUAUGAUUCAUCAACUCCACCCGUGACGCCGAAUUCAUACGAUUCACAGUUGGGACCACCUUCGGUUAAUAAUUCCUCUUACCCUUUACAAAAGAAAAAUUCUAUGGAAUCAUUACGACCUUUGAUCAAUUCCCCAAUACCAUCAUCUCCUCGAAAUCCGCAAGCAAAUUCUCCGAACUCGCAAAGUUUCCCUUUCAACUCUCAACAAAAUGAACCACCAUACCCACAAAUUACAUACCAAGGGCCAUUGCAGGGUAAUCAGUACUAUGGAGGCCCACCUCCGCUUCAGCAGCUAUAUCCCAUAGAACCAACCCACGUUCAAGGAGUUCUGUCGCAAUCUUCAAAUAGUCCCCGUCCUCUUGAAGAUCCGCCACAUUCGUCAUCAUCCUCUAAAGGCGAGCCUGUUCCAACCGAUAAUCAAGAUCUUUCAUACUCAAUGCCUUCAUCGCAACAGGAUCAAUCAAAUACUCAGCAAGAACCUUCUUUUAUGUUAACUAAUCAAUCAGAUAAUACAAAUGUGAUGUCAAAGUUCACAAAUGUUGAAGAUAAUCGGUUGAGCAAUGUUGACCCCGAUGAAAAACGUACGAAUGACCUAACACCAAAAUUGCAUGAAAAUACAGUUGUGCCGGGGUUAUUGUCAACGCCUGUUAGUGAUAACUCAUUGACAAGUGAAUCGCGUGAUAUUCAACCUAAUGUCACACCUGUAUCUUUUCCAACAUCUAAUCGACCGGAUAGUCAAACAAGUAGCAUUGAGAGUAAUGAAAAUAAGUCUAACAUUAAUCAGAAUGUGCAAAUCGAAAGUGUUCAGCCUAUUCAAAGAAUGAUUCAAAUCGAAAAUUUGGAUGAACAUGAAAUUACCAAGAAUAACACGCCUUUGACAAAUAAUGAAUUGGAAAAUAAACAAAAAGUUCCCGAAAUAUCUGUUCAAGAAACGCGACAGAUUGAACCUAAACAAGGCUUUCCUAUGGAAUCUGAUAAUUCUGAAAAUCAAGUUGUAAAAACUCCCAUUCAUUCCUCACCGCAAUUAAAGCAACCAGCCGUUACUGGAUUCAUCAAGUCUGUAAAAGCAAACAUGGUUAUUGGACGGGUAAGUAACGAGUCACGACCUAUAAUGAAAGCUUCACCAGUGAUAACUUCGUUACAAGCACAACCAAGGAUGCAGCCAGAAACGAUUGAAACUGUUUCCUCCUAUCCCGAAAUAAGUGCUCCUAUCAUAACUGAAACAUUUAAACCAGAGAUGAUUAUACCGAAACCGGUCGUAGCCCCAGUGAGUCAUAAUCAAAGAUCAGUCCCGCCAAGGUUUGACAUUGACGCAAUUAAGCGACACGUGGAAAAGGUCAAGCAUAUGAAGGCAGCCAUUGCAGAUAAGAACUCUGUCAUUAACGAAAGUCAUAAUGCUGUGAACAAUGAAAGGGUAUUAGAUAAAAAUCAAAAUCAAAAUAUUGAGAACACAACUGUAGAUUCACCAUCACAACAAAUUAAUAACGAUAAACCAAAGAGUGAAAUAACAUCUAAUAAUGAGAAUCAAGGAAAGCCGCUUGUACGUAAGAAAUCGGUACGUUUCCAAGCCGAUCUUACUAAUCAAGAAGAAGUGCACAAAGCUCCAAAUAAAGUUGAGAGAAAAUCGAUUCUCAUCAAUAAAGACGAUGUUAUAAAUAUACAAGAUUCCAUAAAACAAGAUGACAAUGAUAAAUCACUGUCAUCUGAAGAUGAAGAUUAUGAGGAAGAUGACGAGGAAUCAGGUGCAACUUUCAGUGUUUAUCAAAUGUAUGAUUACCAGGACAGUUCGGCUCCAGAACUCCCCACCAACAUUGAAUCAGAUGAUGAUGAUGAAUUUUCCAUGAGAUGA